UCCCCGCGCCCGCCGUGCCCAGCCCCUGCGCCCUGCCUGCAGCCGGGCCGGGGCAUCGCAGAGCCAGCGAGGAUGGCCAAGCGCAGCUCGCUGACCAUCCGCAUCGUGGAGGGGAAGAACCUGCCGGCCAAGGACAUCAAUGGCAGCAGCGACCCCUACUGCCUGGUGAAGGUGGACCAUGAACCCAUCAUCAGGACUGCCACCGUCUGGAAGACACUGUGCCCCUUCUGGGGGGAAGAGUAUGAGGUGCACCUGCCGCCCGCCUUCCACGAGGUGGCCUUCUAUGUCCUGGAUGAGGAUGCCCUCAGCCGGGAUGACGUCAUCGGGAAGGUCUGCCUUACCAGGGACACCCUAGCUGCUCACCCCAAGGGUUUCUGCGGAUGGGCCCACCUGACAGAGGUGGACCCCGACGAGGAGGUGAAAGGCGAGAUUCACCUACGGCUGCAGGUGAAGCCUGCGCCCCAAUGCCGGCUUCGCUGCUCUGUGCUGGAGGCCAGGGACUUGGCUCCCCGGGACCGCAAUGGCGCAUCUGACCCCUUUGUUCGAGUUCGUUACAAUGGCCGGACACAGGAGACGUCGAUUGUGAAGAAAUCCCGGUACCCCCGCUGGAAUGAGACCUUUGAGUUCGAGCUGGAGGAAGGGGCUGACGAGCUGUGUGUGGAAGCCUGGGACUGGGACCUGGUCAGCCGCAAUGACUUCCUGGGCAAAGUGGUGGUCAGUGUGCAGAGUCUGAGGGCAGCCCAGCAGGAGGAGGGCUGGUUCCCGCUGCAGCCAGACAAGUCCAAGGGCCAGCGGCAGGAAGACAACCUGGGCUCCUUGAGGCUUGAGGUGCGUCUGCGUGAUGAGAUGGUGCUGCCCUCCCGCUGCUACCAGCCUCUAGUGCAGCUGCUAUGCCAGGAGGUGAAGCUGGGCGUGAAGGGCCCAGGGCAGCUGAUUCCCCUCUUGGAGGAGCUGACGAGUGCCGAGUGCCGUCAGGAUGUGGCCACCAACCUGCUCAAACUUUUCAUGGCUCAGGGGCUGGCCAAGGACUUCCUGGACCUUCUCUUCCAGCUAGAGCUGGGCCGUACCAGUGAGGCCAACACUCUGUUCAGGAGCAACUCUCUGGCCUCAAAGUCCAUGGAGUCUUUCUUGAAGGUGGCAGGGAUGCGCUAUCUGCACGGCGUCCUGGGCCCGAUCAUCGACAGGGUGUUUGAGGAGAAGAAAUACGUGGAGCUGGACCCCAGCAAAGUGGAGGUCAAGGAUGUGGGGUGCUCGGGACUGCACCGCCCACCCACCGAGGCCGAGCUGCUGGAGCAGAGCGCGCAAACGCUGCGCGGCCACCUGGGGGCACUGCUGAGCGCCAUCAGCCGCUCGGUGCGCGCAUGCCCCGCCGUGCUCCGCGCCACCUUCCGACAGCUCUUCGUGCGCGUGCGCGAGCGCUUCCCCGGCGAGCAGCACCAGAACGUGCCCUUCGUCGCCGUCACCAGCUUUCUGUGCCUGCGUUUCUUCUCCCCUGCUAUCCUGGCCCCCAAACUCUUCCACCUGCGGGAGCGUCACGCCGACGCCCGCACCAGCCGCACGCUGCUCUUGCUGGCCAAGGCCGUCCAGAACGUGGGCAACAUGGACACACCAGUUUCCAGGGCCAAGGAGGCUUGGAUGGAACCGCUGCAGCCCAUCGUACACCAGGGGGUGGCCCAGUUGAAGGAUUUUAUCGCCAAACUGGUGGACAUUGGGGAGAAGGAGGAGCUGGAUCUGCAGCGGUCACUGAGCUUACAGGCACCUCCCGUGAAGGAGGGCCCCCUGUUCAUCCACAGGACCAAGGGCAAGGGCCCCCUCAUGUCCUCUUCCUUCAAGAAGCUCCACUUUUCCCUCACCCCUGAAGCCCUCAGCUUUGCCAAGACACCCAGCUCCAAGAAAAGCGCCCUGAUCAAGUUGGCCAACAUCCGGGCAGCAGAGAAGGUGGAGGAGAAGAGCUUUGGCAGCGCCCUGGUCAUGCAAGUCAUCUACACGGAUGACGUAGGCCGACCGCAGACCGCCUAUCUGCAGUGCAAGUGCGUGAACGAGCUGAACCAGUGGCUAUCAGCACUGCGCAAGGGAAGCGUCAACAAUCCAGGCCUGCUGCGCUCCUACCACCCUGGUGUCUUCCGAGGCGACAAGUGGAGUUGCUGCCACCAGCGGGACCGGACAGAUCUGGGCUGUGAUCGGACCCGCUCUCGGGUCACACUGCGGGAGUGGAGUGACCCCCUGGACCCAGACCUGGAGGCCCAGCUCAUCUACCGCCACCUGCUGGGCCUAGAGACUCCCCUGCGGGAAAGGCACCAAGCGCUGAGUGAGGACACAGAGGGGGGUGCUGAGCUCGAGCUCAUGGGCAAUGUCGAAGCCCACAAGACCCCGCUGGCGCAGCUGCUGCAAGUGCUGAGAGAUCUACACGAAGCCCACAGUGCUGGUCCCGAGGGGCGCUCCAACUCUGAGCUGCAGACGUGA